CACCGCCUAAGCGUGGCGCUGUUUUGUUGUCAUACUAUAACUGACUUUGUUUAUAAUUCAAAUUCAACAAUUACUUUGACUAAAAUGAAGACUGUUUCCACAAAUAACGUGGAACAUGAUAGAAUCCAUUCAAGUUUAAUUCAGCGUGAAACCCAGGAACGCAUUGCCAUCGCUGGCCUAACAACAGAGAUAUUAUCGAAACUCAACAUAUCCAUUGAAUCUUUACCUCAAAAAUGCCAGCAGUUACUCCAUCAGGCCGCCGAAACACAGCAAGCAUUGGAUAUCGAAGAACUAGACCCUAUCGUUAUAUCUCUACACCAAACAAAAGAACUGUCAGAAAAUCUAGAAGAUGAGUACGAGAUAUUAAAAUUAAAACAGAGAAAUAUGAAGUUGCAAGCGCAAAUAGACCGUAAUAACAUGUUUUUGGAUGGUCUGAGGAAAGAGUUGCAAAGCUCGCAAGAAUUUCUGGCGGGACAGAACCCGAGUCCCGAUAAUAUUCAGGAUUUCAUCAGGCAGAUGAAGCAGAAAGUGGCUUCGUAUGAGGAGAACUUUGAGAAGGCUAAGUCGAAAUUCUCGAAGCUGUCAGUACCAGACGCCAUCUUGCCUACGUCACUCUCCACAUCAGUCAACACGUUGGUGGCGUUACGUGAAGAGGCUGCGUCACUGAAACUACGAGCUGAUGACGUAGCCCUAGCCAGGGAGGCAAGAGAUACCUUCAUACGUUUACGGCGAUAAAUAUAAUUUAAAAAAUAUGUAUGUUAUAAGACAAGCUCGAAUAUGGAAAAACAAUUAUAAAUAUGUUAAAUUAAAUAAA